AUGGCAGAUUUAGAAGGGAAAUUGGAUCGAUCGAUGAAUUAUUUGAAAUUGGCCCUAUUUUUUGGCACAAUUUUAAUAUUUUCAAGUUGUAUAUUCAUAUUUCUAUCGAAUUCCAAUUUCACACCGGAAACCGCGUUGGGUACGUUUUUUCUGAUUUAUUGUGAGAAACAAGAUUCAAAUUUUCAAACAGGUUCUUCUCGCGAAAAAUACGGUGUGAUUUGUGACGCAGGUUCAAGUGGAACUCGAAUUUUUGUAUAUAAAAUUGCUGAGAAUUCGGAGAAUUCACAAAAUCUGGCGAAAAUCGAUACAUUAGUUAGGAAUGGGAAACCAGUGGUGAGAAAAGUAUCGCCAGGUUUGAGUUCAUUUGGAAAUCAUCCAGAAAAGGUUGUGGGUAAGUGAUAAAAAUAUAAAAAUUCAAAGAAAAAUCUAUAAAAAAUAAGCCUAAGUCUCAUCGAAACAAAAAAUUUUCGAAGCUAACCAAUGAUUAUCUGAAAACAAAAAAAAUGUCGCACGACAUUUUUUAAACCCUGAAAUUAACAUUUUCAAGAUCCAAGACCAAUAAAAUUUACUUUUUCAGAAUAUUUUGAACCUCUGCUAACAUUCGCAGAAGCAAAUAUCCCACUAGAACAAAUUGAAGAAACUCCGCUUUUUAUUUUUGCAACCGCGGGAAUGCGAUUAUUACCAGAAGGGUGAGUUUUUGAUCCGAAUUCUGAAUCAGGUUUUUUGGAAAUUUGAAUUAAAUUUUCAAAAAAUCAGCUUUUUUUUUUAAAUAAUUGACAGAAUUCUCCUCUAAAAAUCUUCAAAUUUCCAGUCAAAAAUCAGCAAUAAUUGAAAAUCUUCAAAAAAAUCUUCAAACAAUCACAAAAUUCCGAAUAAAAGCCGAAAAUAUUCGAAUAAUUGAUGGAUCUUGGGAAGGAAUCUACAGUUGGAUAUCAGUCAAUUAUAUUUUGGGAAAUUUUGGAACCAAAAAUGAGGCGGCGAAAAAAACAGUUGGAAUGAUUGAUAUGGGCGGUGCGAGUGUUCAAAUUGCUGUUGAAAUUGAGGGCGAAAAUAAGGAGAAAAAUGAAAAUGUUUUCGAGAUUAAUUUGAGUCCAAUUAUCAAAUUUCAAAUUUUCUCAGCCACGUUUUUGGGUUUUGGAGCCAAUCAAGGUGAGAUUUUUGAAAAGAGAAAAUUGACAUGUUUUUCAAACAUUUCUUAAUUGUGAGAAAAGCAAGAGAACACACAAAAUACGGUGAAAAAUGACUGAUAAUUUAGACAAGUAAGUCUGUACUGAAAUUUGUAAUUUUAAAAUGUUUUCUUUCAAUUUUCCAAAGAUUGUUCUUUGAAAAAUUAGAAAAUCAUGUAUUGUUAGAUUUUCAGAUAGGAAAAUCUUUGAUUUUCCGCUCGAAAAGCGGAAAAUUUUGUUUUUUUUUCAAAAUUUUUGAGCAAGAACUUUGAAUUUAUUUUUAACAAACAUUUUGGAUUACUGUAGUUGGGAGUUAGCUAAAAUUACAGCAAUUAUAUAAAACACGUUUGAAAAUCAAACUUGGAGACUAAAAACCAGUCUCUUUGAUAAUUAGACUAUCUAGGUCCUGCCACCUGAGAACUAGACUUUAUAGGCUUGGCUACUUGACACAAGCUCUAAAGGUAUCAUUUGAAAAUCCUCUGAUGAUCUUUAGAAAAAAUGUUUAGAUCUGUUUUUGUAUAAAAUUGAGAGAAUCAUGUUUUUGAGAUGAUUUUCCGCUCGAAAAGCGGAAAAUUUUGUUUUUUUUCUUAAAAACGUUCUUAACUAGAAAUUUGAGUUUAUUUUUAGAUAACAAAUUUUAGAAUUACGGUAUUCUUAAUAAAAUUUUCUUUGUAAUUUUUUUCUAAAGCCACUAAAAAUUGGAUUUUUUAGGCCUCGAGAAAUAUGAAAAAUCCCUGUUGUCCCCAAUUGAUCCAUGCAGUCCAGAAGGUUUACAAAAAAGUUCGAAUAACUCCAGAAAAUCUGAAAAUAGAGACAAAAGGAAGUGGAGAAUGGACAAAAUGUGUGGAAAAAGUGAGAAAUUCGGUGAGAAAUGAAAAAUGUGGAGCUGAAAAAUGUCUUUUGAAUUUGAAAACGCCGAAAGGAAUUGAUUUGGCUGAAAUGGAAAUGUUUGGAUUCAGCGAAUAUUGGUAUACAACUAGGAAUUUUGGUGAGAAUUUUGAAUUUUUGAAUGAAAGAGAAAGUUGACACGCAAAAUAUACCGUAAUUUUGUUAUUUAACACUUCGUGACAAAUUUUUGAUGUCAGAAAAUUGGUUUUAUGAACUUUUGCAGGUUCGCAUGGAACUUAUAAUUAUACUAAUUUUGUCAAAAAUAUUAAUGAAUAUUGUACGGAAUCUUGGGAAGAAAUUAAACGAAAAAAACAAAAUGGUGGAUUUGAAAAUAUUGAACAAAGUCGAAUGGAAACUAAUUGUUUCAAAGCAGCUUGGACAAUUGCUGUAUUACAUGAUGGAUUUGAAAUUGAUGAGGAGAAUAAUCGAUUUCAGGUUGGUGCUUUUUUGAGGUUCAAUAAUUCAAACAAGUCGUGUAUUGGGAAUUUUCGGAUUUUCUUGUUCUCACGGAAAAUCUGGAAAGUGAUCUCGAUAAUAAUAUUAAUAUUUUAAAUAUCGCCUUCUGAAAAUUUUGAAAAUGUUUUUCUAUAAUUUUCUGGAUAAUUUUCAUAUCAAUAUUUUGUGUCUGAAAAAAAGUCGUCAUUUUUUUCAGCAAGGUAAAGGUAAAGGUAAAGGUAGAUCCGUAUUCGAGCGCCUAUUAGGACACUGCGGAUCAGACGAUUCGGACACGGAGUACGGGUGGUGUACGUCUAUAGGCCAUUUUGGGGAAUUUAAGUCACCCUGUUGCCGCAGGGGACCGAUUUACCUUGCGUAGCGAACUACUACCCACUUACGACUGGGUGGAUCGAGGAGGAGCGGGCACCGGGGAUCGAACCCGUGACCCUGAGAUCGCCAGCAGCCAACCACUACCACUGAGCUACCUCACCCCCCCCACGUUGAAAUUGUGGUUUUCUGCGGAUAAUGUUCUCUUGAACUCUUGUUUUUUUUUUCAGAGCGUUUUGGAAAUAAAUGGCGAAGAAAUGCAAUGGGCUCUUGGAGCAAUGAUUUAUCACACACGAAAUUCUGGAAUUUUAGCAGCCGAAAAAAGUUUGGAAACAAAUCGAUUCAUGAUAACUUGUUCAUAUAUUUUGAUUUGCACCUUCUCGUUUCUUUUGGCGUUCUGGCUUUUCCGAGAGUACUACACAAAACGGAGAAAAAUUAGCAGUUAUAGACUUGUUGUUUAG